GGGUGGCCCCAGCUGAUUGCUAGCGAUAAAGUGGGGCUAGCUCAUUUCGCGAUUAUUGUGCAUUUGCUGCUUUGGGCAAUUUAUACAGUAUUGAAUUUUGUGCCGUUGCCUACGUGUGUGUUUUUUCAGCUGGCCAACUCACACUCGAACCGCCUAGGAGUUAAAUUUUAUAAAUUCGAUAAUUUGUUGAUAUUAAAUUGAUAAUUAAUCAGUGCAUAGUGCAGACUUGACAUGGCAAAUAUUAGCGGAAAAACGUUGUUGUCGGCGAAUCGUGCUUUUGGAGCAGCACUAAAUGUGAAUGCCGCACGCACACAAUCAUGGUUCGCCAAUGUACAAAUGGGACCACCUGAUGCUAUUUUGGGUGUAACCGAGGCGUUCAAGCGCGAUUCAAAUCCGAAAAAAAUCAACUUGGGUGUAGGCGCAUAUCGUGAUGACAACGGUAAACCAUGGGUGUUGCCCAGUGUGCGCAAGGCUGAAGAACGCAUAAUUGGUAAGCAAUUGGACAAAGAAUACGCCACAAUCAUUGGUAUUCCGGAUUUCUAUAAUAAAGCCAUCGAAUUGGCGCUGGGCAAGGAUUCUGAGCGAUUGCAGGGAAAGCACAAUGCUACAACACAGUCCAUCAGUGGCACAGGCGCUUUGCGUAUCGGUGCGGCUUUCCUUAGCAAAUUCUGGCAAGGUAAUCGCGAGGUGUAUGUACCCACACCUACGUGGGGCAACCAUGUACCCAUUUUCGAGCACGCUGGUUUGCCAAUUAAGAAAUACCGUUAUUACGAUCCCAAAACUUGUGGCUUGGAUGUACAAGGCUGUUUCGACGAUAUUAGCAAAAUCCCAGAAAAAUCCAUCGUUUUGUUGCAUGCGUGCGCGCACAAUCCCACAGGUGUCGAUCUAUCGCUCGACCAGUGGAAGGAACUCUCACAAUUGGUGAAGAAGAAGAAUUUAUUCCCCUUCUUCGAUAUGGCCUACCAGGGCUUUGCGUCCGGCGAUGUCGAUCGUGAUGCUCAAGCUGUACGCAUCUUCGAAAAAGAUGGCCACCUCUACUGCCUGGCGCAGAGUUUUGCCAAGAAUAUGGGUUUGUAUGGCGAACGUGCCGGUGCUUACUCCGUCAUCGCUGCCAGCAAAGAGGAAGCCGAUCGUGUUACAUCACAAAUUAAGAUACUCAUUCGUGCACUCUACUCAAAUCCGCCAGUACAUGGUGCCCGCUUGGCUGCCGAAAUACUAAACGACGCAGAAUUGAGAGCAAUUUGGUUGAAGGAUGUUAAAACAAUGGCUGAUCGUAUUAUUAAUAUACGCGCACAAUUGAAGGGCAACUUAGUGAAAUUGGGCUCAUCGCGUUCAUGGGAUCACAUUACCAAUCAGAUUGGUAUGUUCUGCUACACCGGCAUGACAGCGGAGAAUGUCGAGCGUUUGUCGAAGGAAUUUAGCAUUUAUCUGACCAAAGAUGGACGCAUCUCAAUGGCGGGUGUGACCAGCAAGAAUGUGGACUACUUGGCGCAGGCUAUGCACGAGGUUACCAAGUAAAUGUGCCAGAAAUUUUUUGUGCUAAAAAAUUUGUUUAAACAAAAAUUAAAACAAAAAAAAUAG